AUGUUGGACAUGGGCGAUAGGAAGGAAGUGAAAAUGCUGCCCAAGUCGUCCUUCAGCAUCAAUAGCCUGGUGCCCGAAGCCGUCCAGAGCGACAACAACCACAGCCACCAGCAGCACCAUCCUCACCACCACAAUAACCAUCACCCACACCACCACCAUCACCACCACCACCAUCACCACCACCACCCAGCACAGACGCCGCAGCCUCAGAGAGCCACCCCAGCGGAGGACGACGAGGAGGAAGAAAAGAGCCAGCUUCUACUGCAGCCCCCCGGGGUGGGGGCGGCCGCGGCCGCCGGGGCGCCGGCCCCCUCGGCCCCCCUGGAGAUAGCCAAAGGGGACCUCUUGGCCGGCAAAGGGGAAGCCGGCUCAGCCGCCGAGCUGGACGACAAGGAGAAAGGGCCGUCCGAGGAAAAGAAAGGGGUGUCGGAAGGGGCCAAGGAAGGGGCCGAUGGCGGCGGUGGAAAGGAGGGCGAGAAGAAGAACGGCAAGUACGAGAAGCCGCCCUUCAGCUACAACGCGCUGAUCAUGAUGGCCAUCCGUCAGAGCCCCGAGAAGCGCCUCACCCUCAACGGCAUCUACGAGUUCAUCAUGAAAAACUUUCCCUACUACCGGGAGAACAAGCAGGGCUGGCAGAACUCCAUCCGCCACAACCUGUCGCUCAAUAAGUGCUUCGUUAAAGUGCCGCGGCACUACGACGACCCGGGCAAAGGCAACUACUGGAUGUUGGACCCGUCCAGCGACGACGUCUUCAUCGGGGGCACCACCGGCAAGCUCCGGCGACGCUCCACCACUUCCCGGGCCAAGCUGGCCUUUAAGCGGGGCGCCCGCCUGACCUCCACCGGCCUGACCUUCAUGGACCGGGCGGGCUCCUUGUACUGGCCCAUGUCUCCCUUCCUGUCGCUGCAUCAUCCGCGGGCCAGCAGUACGCUGAGCUACAACGGGAGCACGUCGGCUUACCCCAGCCACCCCAUGCCCUACAGCUCAGUCCUGACCCAGAACUCCUUGGGGAACAACCACUCCUUCUCCGCCUCCAACGGCCUGAGCGUAGACAGGCUGGUCAACGGCGAGCUGCCCUACGCCACUCACCAUCUCACGGCGGCGGCCCUGGCCGCCUCGGUGCCCUGCGGCUUGUCAGUGCCGUGUUCGGGCACCUAUUCCCUCAACCCCUGCUCCGUCAACCUCCUGGCGGCCGGCCAGACCAGUUACUUUUUCCCCCACGUCCCUCACCCUUCCAUGACUUCGCAGAGCAGCUCUUCCAUGACGGGCCGGGCCGCCUCUUCCUCCACUUCGCCUCAGGCACCCUCCACGCUCCCGUGCGAGUCCUUAAGACCCUCCUUGCCGAGUUUCACCACAGGAUUGUCGGGGGGACUUUCUGAUUAUUUCACACAUCAAAAUCAGGGGUCUUCCUCCAACCCGUUAAUACAUUAA